AUGCAAUCUUCCCUGGGGACGUCUAGCGGUCUGAGAGUCGAAUCUUUUUUUCCCGCAUCAGAGAACGAAACAGACACUGAUAGCGACUCUGGUGCCUUUUCAAACAAUCGAAGUCGAAGAUCAACAAACGAAGAAGGAAAUCGACUCUCCACACCAGAACUUAUUCGACACGCGUUCAAUCUAGCCGUGAUAAAGGUACGAUUAACCAUAACAAACGAACUGAAUCAAUCGUUUAAACUCAGUCCAUGACGGUGAUCUCGAAAGCUAUAAUUUUAAGUGGUGGUCGACUGAUAAAAUUUCAUUAAAUCUCCUCAUUUCUUUCAGGUUCUUUCGAAAUUUCACAUAGAAUGAAUUUUAUUUAAGAGCUAAUUUCAUAUUUUCAUCUUUAUUCCUGAUCUAUUCCUGUUGAUUUUGAAUGCGCACUUAAUCAGCGCACCUGCAAUAACCUUUUCGUAAUAACACAAAAUUUUUUGAAUCGAAAGACUGGUUAGCGCCCUAAUUCUCACAUUCCUUACAUCAGCACAUCAUUUUUUAGCACUUUUCAUAUUAUUUAUUUAUUUUUUGUGAAUUUCCCCCUUCAUACUUAGCUUACAUUCUUUCCAUCGUAUAAUAUUGCCGUUAUAAAAAGUGACUUUCUGCCAAGGGUUUUCUUCUUAAUUUCCGCUAUUUCCAUUUUAAAGAUUAGUGACUCAAUACAACAGCCUUUAUUUGACAAAAUCCGGAAAACUGUGCAUUUUCAAUAACGUGGGUUCACACAUUUUAGUCUUAGCUGUCAUGUAAUUUAUGUGCUAGACCUAAAGCGCACUUAGGAAAAAAAAAACGAGAACUUAAAAAAUUGCGUCUUGUGGAUUUUUAAACGACUCUAUUGUCUACUUGAAACAUAGUCUGUCCCAUUUUCAUAGAAAUUUCAUCUGAACCAUCUAUGGACAAUCAAUCUCAUUUCGUUUUACGUAAUAUAUUGUUUAGUACAGGUUACCACCAACUUAGAAAGAACAAGUCCGUUUCACAGCUGAAUCAUAAAUGUUUUUUUAUUCGUUAGGCGGCAAAAAGCCGUCAGCUGCAAAGCUUACUGUAGUUAUUGAGAUAAGAAACGUCAAAUGCACAAUUUUUCAUCUGCGCCUCAAAAUGCAUAAACAACGCAUUCAACUUUCAAGAUUCUUCAGUGAGAUCGAAUCAACGCUUUUAGAACGCGAAAGUUAAGUGACACAUUUCUUAAGGAUUGAAUCAAAGCAAAAACAGACUGAGACAAAUUGCAGCCUGCUGUGACGGUGAAAAAUCAAUUACAGAUUCAUUGAGCGACAAUUUUCGUAAUAAAACCUAAGAUAUAGUUAUACGCUUGGAGUGACUUCACAAAAUAUGCUUAGUACUUUACAUUUGUGCGCGCAGUUCCCGCGAAAAGCAAACCAUAAUGCGCUGUUUGCUGAAAGAAUAAAAUUUUAAACCAAUCCAAGACUUAAAUCUACUGCUGAUCCAUAGAAACAGCUUUGAAGAUAUAUUUCCAGGGCAUAAAAUUAUCCUUUUUUUUUAUUUCCAGAGGCAUAAAGCUGUAUCCUUUUGUUUUCAUUUGAUUUCAUAAGAGCCAUAGAAAAUGAAUAAAACUCCUUAGGGUUUUUACAUAUUGCUCCGACUCCCGCUCUGCUUUAAAGAAAAAUUUGGCAACUCUGUUGAAAUGUUAAGAUCAUCUCAUAAUGUUACAUAAUAAUAUUUUUGGUGCUCGUAAUUUCUCCUUAAAAGAUCAGGUUUGGUUUUCCUAUUUUCCCUUCAAUCUUAGCGGGUCAAAUUCAAUUUACCAAGGUCAUAACAAUGCAAGGAAGAGAAAAAAAUUGUAAUCUAGCAUAGUGAAAAUACUGUUUCAUGAAUUUUUUGCUAAAGAUAUAACGAUAUCGUUUGGAUUAUUCAUAGGUUACCGAAAUUUUCAUAAUGUAUUUAAGAGAAAUUUAGAAAUAUGUAUGGCUUUUCUGGUUGGGCGCUUUGUUUCAACGCUAUCACUUGAAACAAUAUUCACUUGCCUGCCAGAAAUAAUCCGGUUUACAAGUGUUUUAGCUUGAAUGAUACAUUCCUUAUCAGCAAAAGCGAAAAGAAAAUUUUCCAAAAUGGCGGACGAUUCUUUACGUACUUUGUGGAAAUUUAUAUUGAGAAGAUUCUAGUUUCGUUUGUUUUUCAAACAAACAUAAGAAAAAAUGCGAUAGUUCCUUGAAAUAUUUUGAGGAUAUUACGAAAAGUUUUUGAUAAUUAAUGGAAAAAUAUAUUUUAAAGGUGAUUUUGCACGUUAUUUGUCGACAUUAGCGAAAAGCGCGUCUGCAUAACAUUAAUUUUACUUAACGUUAUCGUUAGAAAUUGAACUUGUUUUAAACACGCGACCUAUAGUCAAACUCCAAUGACACGGUUUUAGCUGUAAGGGAGAAGUGCUUGGUGUGAGUGUUCAUUCAGGAACACUACUAUGGAUUUUGCAGCAUUUUCAUCAAAUAUCAAGUAGGAUCGUUUAAAUCUCUUUAUAGUUUAUAAAUAAAGAACUUUAGAUUUCUUUGUAAUUAUCUGAAAAAAUGUUAUAGAUUUCUGCUGUUCCCGUUUCAAGGGAGUUGAAAAAGUGACUUAGAAUUUGAACUUUUCCUUUUUAUUUGAUUUGCCAUUCUUGGUCCAGUUUGGCUAUUUCUAGCAAGGUUAUGACGUCACGAGUCAUGUGACCAUAGCGAACCAAUUUCAUUGGCUGAAAUAUUUCUUUUUCUCCUUUUCUCUUUUCUCAAACAACGAAAAGAACGAUGAAGAUAAAUAAAUUAAUUCAUCAAAUUCCUUGUUUAAAUCUAAUCAGCUAACUUAUCUGAUCAAAUGAUACCAACUGAUGCUGAUGAAUUACUAACGAAAAGUGUCGUCAAAUAAAAUUCAAGCGGGAGUUGAGGCGAUCGUGGCAAUCGUUGUACACAUGCCCAAACAUCUUGGUUCAUUUCUUAUCCUCUUUCGUGUUUUAGAAUUUUCGACACGUCCUCAUGUGGCCGUUGACUUUGGUAAACGUAAUUCUUUUGUUUCAUCCAUUUUACGGCUUCCGACCAACAGGAAAGACGUAAACAGAUGUUUUCAAGUUGCGAGCGUGAUCAGUGUGGCUGAAAACUAACCGAGUUCACACACUCGUGUACUACCUUGGGCGAACAUCAGCGACCUAAUAGCAUACACUUGUUACAACCCGUUUGAUAUCAAAUAUCUAAGUAUUUCGUUGAUGAUAACGUUAAUUUUCGAUUGUUGAAAAGUACUUUAUCAUGCUUAGAUUCAGUUCGUGAUCUUUUAUCAUUUUCGGUUAUCAUACAGUCACGUCAUAUUUAAUGUGCCUCUGUUUGAAUACUUUUUCAAUAGUUUACAUUGAUGCACGUAAAGUGCUUUGGUGGAUGUAGUCAAAUGAUGCUGCUGUUUCGUGGAGGACAUGAAAUUAUGACUUUUUUUAGCGCACACGGCAAACUUUACAUUUUAUUAUAAACCUAUAGAGACUUAAACAGGGAUGAAACAGAGAUUAAACUCUCCUUUUUCGGUUUUUCACAGCUACCUGUCCGUAAGCCAUCACUGAACUCGAGCGGAAACAAGUGGAAUUAAAUUGGGGAAAGGAUUACUCUUGCCUUAUGCGCAUCUUUAAAAAUAUUUACAGAAGUUUCUACAAUUUUAUCGGGACUUUGUCAAUAUUCUAUAUUCUAGUCAUUUCGUUUUCCUUUCCAUUCUAGGGUUUUCUCCGAUGACAGCCUACUUAACGGAGAUAUAAUCUUAAUAUUGAAAGGCGCUCAAGGCGCCCCGGCAAAAGCGCUUUUAAUUUGAAGACAGAUGUUGACGGAACUUUUCAUGCGCCUUGACAGCUCACUGCAUUAUUCUAAGACCUGGUUCUUUAAUUUGAAACAAAAUUAUUGCGUGGAUUUAGUUAUAGGGAGAGAGAGAAUGAACAGUUUUUAGAAGAAAUUUCUUUUGCAACUGACUUUUUCAAAGGAGAAUUGAUAAAAUACUCUCUUCUGAAACCAGUUUCGCUCUGAUUUUUACUGUCACUGAAACACUGAGGUGCUAUCAUCCUAAAUAAACAUAAUCACUAUUUCUCUGCUUUUACUGCAAUAGCUUUAGGUAUACAAGUCAAUCCUUAAGUGACAGAUUAAUUUGUUUGCUAAGAGACGAAUGAUCACUAAAAACAACUGAAGUUCUUCUAUAAAUGCUGACGGAUUAUUGCUUCUAUUAAAUAUAGUCCAGGAACAGAUAAUAAUUUGUUUCUGGUAGAUCAUCGCAGAUUUGGCUUUAAGCUUUGAGGCCGACUUAAAUCAAUAAAGACGGUGUUUUUCUUUUUCCAAGUAAACCGCUAAAAGCUUGCUAUUUACCCACCAUUUUUACCAACAAUGAGAUUUCUGUUGUACUAGCAAGUGUCAUAGGUUAUGUUUUAUUAUCGGAACUGAGGUGAUCUUUUUUCAAACUAAGGUUCUAUUUUCUCUAACUGUGGUCAGAUCACGUAUAACACUUGAGCAGAAGACAUUUCUCUCUUUCAAUGGCAAAAUAGCUUAGAGACAAAAACUUUAUUUUCUAGUAUAUCAAAUUCAUUCAGCUCCACUGUUCUGCCAAAAGAAAUUUUGAUAUGCUAAUUUCCGUCCGAUGCAAGUAGUUUAGAGAUGCAAAUAUGAUGUGUGAAAAGUAAAUAAGAAAAUCUGCCUCUUCUCCAUUGGUCAACUUUAUGAAAAAUGAGCGUGCCUAAUUUCCGCACAAAAAAAAUUUGACGGGUUUCUCUGAAGAAAACGCUUCUUGCCGGGAGAAAAUGUCUAAGCUGCGUACAGCGUAAAACACACACAAUCUUUCCUCAAGUGAGCAACACCAUUUUCAGAUUCGGAAUUGAAAGGAAAAGACGAGGAUAUAAGGGAUAAACUACGUGUGAAAAACGAGGAAUUAAGAUGCUGAAUUUAGAAAAUGGAACAUGCUCGAGAACGCGCACUUCAAGCUACGAUGCGAGAAACGCGAGGGAAGAAAACUGGCAGACUUUGGCUCACUUUGUACAUUUUCGGGUAAUUUAAGUUUUUUUUUUUUCAUAUCUUUGUUACCAGCAUAUUUGUUAGCAAUUUUUAUUGGGGACCCUUCAGUUAUUCGAAAAUCUAGUCUAUGUUUACUUUGGAUUUUUCGUUCUCUGUCUCUUUAAGGGCUGAAACUCUCCUAGAAAUGAUCACUAUUUGUAAAGUGAUUUCAGAUUAGUGAUAUAGAGAACAGAAUAAAAAAGAAAUAAGGCUAACGGACUUGAAAGAAAUUUUUCUUCCCGCCUUUGCUUAUGGCACAAUUAAUUGAUGUACAACGCGGUUAAUUGUGGUAGCUAGGAAUGUCAACGGAAAAACGAAAAGUUAUCAUUCAAAGAUUCAUUUGAUUUUAACAUGAUGAAAACGAGCUUCAGAAAAUUUUAACCGAAUGAUCCAAGACUACUCUGCCGUUAAAGCGGCGGAUGAAAAUAUAAAAUAUAUGUUUUUCCUGUAAUUGCUUUACAUCCGUUUAUUACAAGGAGACUAAAUUUUUAGCGGCAUAUUUUGACAUAUGUAACAGUAAUUUUUAAACACGGGAAAGACUGAUGCUUCAGAAAUAAUUCAUCGUCCCUUUUACUGGUAUUUUCUCGCCGGCUCUUUUCGUUUACACUGAAUUAGAAUAACAAAAUAACGGCGACAGGUGCUUAUAGAAGAAGUCUCACCGAUAAGCUGUGUUCGCCAUUAUUCAUCGGUGUGAGGCAGCUGUUGAAAAUUAAGCUGGGUGUUUGACGUUUACAUAAUUAUAUUUGGAACUGUCAGAAGGGUUGAAUAUAUUCGCUUAGUACUCAGCAAUCUCCCGCUGAUUUGCUGUAAAGAAGCGUUUAAUGGCUAAAAAGGUGAUUUAAUAAAACAAUCUAAUUUGGAUGAAGGAGACUGAGACAUUAAGGUUAAAAUGGAAGUCUUAAUGACUUUUACCAAAUUGCGAAUUUCGCGCGAGGUCUACACUCUCUCACUUCUCGCGAUAAACCGGCGGCUUUGUUUUGGUUAUUUUCGUUGUAUCUUUUGGCAAGAGCCAACUACAGGUUACGCAGAGACAUGUUUGAAAUAUAAGUAAUGAAGUAGAAAUUUACCAUUUUUAUGAAAAACUACCACUAAAGAUUUCCUCUGGCCUCCUUCUUUAUCAAUCAUAUGCAAAAGAAAAACCGAGAUUUUUUGUUACUCGUGUUUACACACGACACAGGCAGAGUGUGAGUGAUUACUUUCACUUUUGGUCAGCUUCUGCUAGUAUUUCAGUUGCUUUGUUCCGUUUGGAUCUUGUGAUUACAAGGCCCUGGUUUUCGACAUUCAGUCGUAAACCGCCCAUGACUUGUUCCUGCAGAAUAAAAUUUUUUUAAAAAUUUCAACUUUGCAGGGAAGAAUCAAUUUACGGUUUAACAAUCGAGAUCAUCAUGGCGGGCUUCAUAAAGCUGUAUUGAAUGGGAAGGAGGCUGACGUAGAGCAACUUCUCUCCUCCGGAAAAGGUAACUGAAAAAAUUGUAGUCUAAGUUAUUGCUUAUCUGGAUGGGCUGUCGAUUUGAUCGCGAGAGACAGGUUUGUCAAAGUAAUGAGCCAGCUUUGGAUGAAAAAGGAUCUAGUUAAGGUCGGAGACGAGGUAAAGCAAUCGCAUUGGACUGCGGGUCGAGAAGUUGACGUCGCUGUGAUGUGAUCUUCAACAAAACACUUAACCUUCAAUGUGCCUAUCUCCACUGAGGAGCUUAAAAAGGUACCGGCGAACUGUACGAGGAACCUGACAAAAUUUUACAAUCCCAUCCAGGGGGGAAGGGUGGGGGAAGCAAUACCCUUACCUGCUGAGUGAUGCACAUGACUCAGGAGCAGACUGCUUUCAUUGUUGAAUCUUGCAAAAGGUCGAGAUACGCUUUGUUUGUAAAUUGAUAAACUUCAAGUUCUUUGUCAACUUCUUUCCCCUUGGAUGUAAUUUCCAUCGAAAACAAUUAUAGAAUGUAAACUUUAUGUUUGCAGAAGUUACAUCAAUUUGACUGGGAAGCUGAUUUUGAUGCAUUUUGUGUCGUCAAGUGAAUAAGUGUUAUUGAAUCAGGAAUUAAUAAAUGCAAUCAAUCAUAGUAAUAACGAGAGCAAUUGCUAACCUGUUCUAUCAUGAUAAAUUAUUAUCUCACUGCUAAUUUUCUCAUAAAUUACGAUUGCCAUCUAAACCAGUAAAAGACUAAAGGAGCUUAAAUCGGUAUUUUUUAUGUAAUAAACAUUUCAAAGAGCAAAAACACACUCCAUGCUCUAUUUGCUUUUUAUAUUGCAUUGGUUCUUGAAUAAAAAACCAACAGAUCUAGUCUGGAGAACUCAACACCCGAGAAAUAAAUUAAGAGAGGUCUUUGCUUCGUUUUUUUGUGUUGAUGUUUAUGCAGACAUAGAUGCGCAUGACGAGUAUGGGAAGACACCACUGCAUUGUGCCGUGGGGGCUCAGAAGCUUGAUAUUGUUCAUUGUCUUCUCCGCUACAAACCUGAUGUGGAUGCUCAUGACGACAGAGAUGACACAGCGCUACACACUGCAACAAGGACGGGAAACUUUGAUAUAGUACUGGUGAGUUGCUCUACAUCUGAGAGCGUUUUCUAAAUUUCAGGCUUCUUUUCUGAAAUUGCUAAAAAUUGCCGCUGACCUGCAAGGACCAUCAGUAUCUGGGCAACUGCCCAUCUACCCCUCCCCUAACCCAACAUUAACCCUAACUUGUUAUCAACUGACUGUUGUUGGGUAAGGGGAGGGUAGGUGGGCAGUUGCCCAGAUACUGAUAUUGAUCCGGAUCCCAAGGACCUUUGCUUUACUUGAUUUUUGAUUCGCAGGUCAAAUGAAAUUCAUUUCAUUACAAAUUGUGAUCAGAUUUUUCCACGGGGAAGAAGAACCCUCCAAAAUUUUCCUUGCUUCGUAGUUCAGUUGGCAUAAGCGCUCAAAUAGUUUUUUUUUUAAGAAUUCUUUCUACACUUGCUUAAAUUUCGGCCCACCAGCGAGAAUUUUUACUUUUCUUGAAUUUGACGCGUGGAAUUUUGGAAAUGAGUUUUUAGAUUCCGAGGUCACCGAAAAGCCGGUAAAUGCGUUUCUCCACGCACACUAUGCUGAAAAUUUAAAUGUUAGAUUCUUUCGUUACAUGACUAUGUAGGCGUUGCUGCGUGAAGGGCACGCCAACCCAAAUGCUGUGGGAAAUUCCGGAUGCAACCCGCUACACAUUGCCGCUCAUUUGGAUCACGUGAACAGCGUCGCCAUCUGUAAACUGCUGGUGAGAGACUGCAUGUCGUUAAAAAAAGGUCAAGUAAAAUUUGGUGACUGGGUUGAUUCACCGGGAGAUGUACAUUAAAAUACAUAAAUGGUUUGGCAGGUAGAAAUGUUUUCAAUUGUUAGAUAGAACCUUGCAAAAACAACAAUUCAAAGACGCGAGACCUUUCAUUUUAUUUAACUGGAAAUUUUCUCGUGAACUUUGAUUUCGAGAUUAAACCCAUUACUUACGUCGAAACUUAUCGAGUAAGUUCAGUACAGUAUUGCACCUUGACAUCCUUUCUUUGAGUUAGAAUUACUCGACUCUUUUCUGUCAGAGGUUUGAGUUCAAGAAAUGUGCCUAUCACAAACAGCGAGCAAAGAAAUGACCUACCUUCCGAUCGCGACGCGUAGUCGAAUCCAUCUUCAUUUUAUAACCUGUGUGUUUUGUCUGUGUUUCGCAGUUGCAAUACAAUGCUAAGAUACUGGCACGUGACCAUAAGAAUAUGACACCUAUUGCGCAUGCUGCCUUACACGGCUGUUAUGACGUCAUGGUCUGCCUCUUCCAUUACUGUGAGUAAAUCGUGUUCUAAAGUAUAUCCGCGUUCUUUUUCCAGAUUCUCUCUCAGCGACACUUUCGCUGCUGUAAACAAACUCUUGGUUUGUUUGAUUUGAUGCAGUAAAUCACCAUGAUUACAGAGUCACUGCUUUGUGAUUGGCAGAUAAAAAUCGACCAAUAAUGUUAGUACUUCUUUUUUCAGCGAAUGCUUUUUCUCAAUUCUCAAAACACUUUUCUUUGCAGCAAAAGGUCAAGGGAUUUCACGUGAUGAUGUUCUCUUGCAUGUUGAUAACACUGACAGUACAUUGCUUCAUCUGGCAGUAGAAAGUGGAGUCGCUAAGGUGGGGAGGGAGUAUUUUCCUUUGUUGUUGUUUAUCCUCUGUAACUUUAAUUUUUUAUCGAUUUAAGUCAGGUUGGGAUGAGCAGGUGGGCGAGGUUAGGAGGUUUUUUUUCUUGUUUUAUUUUUUUCUUUCUUUCUGACAAUUCUUUCAGCUUUAAUAGAUUUAUCCAUUUAACUCCAUCAAACGAGCACUUUGUGUGCUGAUCUUAUUACUAUAAUUGGAAAAUGAUAAUUAAAAUUUUUAUCAUAAGUAUCAUUAUUGAUGUUAUUGUUACUAAUUCAUAAACAGUACAAUUAUGUAGAGAAUUUUUAUCAAAUUUUUUAUUAAUAAAUUUUUAUUAAUAAGUCAUCAUGUAAUAACUGAUAACUAAGCACAGAAGAAUAGACCAUUUCUUUAACAACUUUUUGUAUAUUAUACUAUUAACCGGCUUACGAAAGAGAGUCUAUCAAACCAUGCUACCAACGAACUGUGGUAAUUAGCUGAAGUUUUACCCAUAAUAAGGCGCAGAUUCUUUAGCUGAAGAGCCAAAAAGCUUCUCAGGCUUUGAUAACUCAUUUAUUUUCAUUACAGGUUGUCGAGCUUUGUCUUGAAGAAGGAGCAGGACCAAAUGCAGUGAAGGUAAAAUUUUUAUUUACUAUAGGUAUAUUAUCAGAAUGCUUUUUGAAUAAGUGUUGUUGAACGACGGCCAAUCGCAAUGAAGGUCAGUUAAAAACAUAGGCGGCGUUUGAGAUUUAAAAGAAAAAAAGUCGUAAUUAAUUAUCAAGGUUUUUGUUGUUGCUGUUGGUGCGAUACAUUCAUACUUGAUUGUAUGGUGGAAAUUUCUUAUUAGUUCUUUAACUACAUGUUUUAACAAAUAGAUUGCCUGUUGACGCGCGUCUGUUUAGUUAUAGAUCACAGAUUUGUCAAAAUUUUGUAAGAAUAAUAAAGUGGCACACGAGGCGCAGCUAAAUGUUUUACUGAUGCUCUUUGCACAUUUUGACGUGUUUUACGAUCCAUUUUAUGAACAGAGGCAUGGCAACAUAGAGACUAUUGUUUGAUAUAAAAAGGAGCAAAAAAAUAUGAUAAGUGACUUCAUCUACGAGUCUGUCCUCCAAUAGAUCAUCAGUAAAAAACCAAUCAAAAUGCUGCAUAAUUCAGCUAAUUAUACGAAACUGAAUAAUACCGCAAUAGAUAACAAUAAUUCUUAUUCAAAUAAUUUUGAUCUGUGCAGAAUUUAUCUCGACUCUCACUUUGUAUAUGUUUCUCUAUGCAGUCAUCUGAUGGCAGUACGCCAGUUCAUUUAGCUUCCUCAUACGGGUACAUGGACAUCCUUGAUAUUUUGAUGAAGGCUGUGGCAUUCAUACUGGAUCCGCCUCCUGAUCAAGAUGGAAUGUUGCCCAUUCACAAGUAAGCACUCUCGCCUUAAGUGUUCGUCAGUCAUGCCGUAAGCGUCAGUUCAUCCAAAUCUGCAGACGAUUCUUGGGUGACACACUGAUAAAUUUACCCCUCGGAGAAUGUUUUCCUGAGUAGAUAGAUUAUCAAAAAGACUUUAAGCGUCUUUAGGUACCUGUUACAGAUUCACAUUACGUUGAAUAUUUUGGCAGCAGGCGAAGUAGCUACGGGGGGGGGGGGGGGGGGGGGAGAGUGUAAAGGCCUUUUUGAAACAAACGUUUUCGCAGGCUGUGCUGCAAUAAAAUGCGGAAGUUAUCCAGUUACAUCCAGCAUAUUUUAACAUUGUAUUAGAUUUAAGUGCAAGUUUAGCACCACCCCCCCCUCCUCCUCCCCCCCGUGGGUUUAUGUUGCUCAGCGGUAGAGUGGUAAACCCAUCAAAUUCUAUGUUGCGCUGUCCUCACCCUUUUAAGCGAAAUAAGAGGCUUGUGCAAUUUGAUAUUCGCGUCUCCGUUUUUAACUUUUAUGAAGAAAGUUUUCGUUUUAUUAUUUGCUAGUUAAUGCUGUCAGAACUAUGGUCUUUCGUUUAGAGAGAUCAUAGAUUGAUUUUUUCGUUUAGAAAACUACAUCUCCGCAGCUGAAGUUUUAGUUUGACUCCAGCAUAUUGUCUGAAAAUUAUUCGCCAUGUAACUGACCUAAUUACAUUCUCACAGGGCUGCUCAGUCAAACCAUUCAGAAGUAAUCUCUUACCUCCUCAAGCAGGUACGCUUAUUAAGAAAAGCUGCGUUGUUUUCACAGGAAAUAUUAGCGGAAGUCGCGGUAUCACUACUAGAUAUACCGGGGAUUCCUUGAUUUGCUUCGUCCUAAGGAGAAAAAAAGGACUGCCUGAACAAAUUGUUGUUGACAGAAAGUACUAUAGCAAAGGCGUCAUAAAUUACAGUUUAUCAUAUAGCCGUGCUCUCUAACAAGCAGUCAGUAUAAUUUCAUUAAGACGUUGGUUCCAUCCUGGGUUUUUGAAGUGGUAGAAGCGCGGGAGAGAAAGCAAGAGCAGAGCAGGUUUGGGGGAGGCGUAAGGGAACGAUCGCGAUCUUGUGGCAGUAACUCCUGCCUUCAGUAUAUGUAAUAAUAUGUUUUGUUUAUUGUGUAGGAUAUGGAUCAAAUCAAUGCAACAGACCACGAACGCCGCACACCUGUGAUGUUAGCGGCACAGUGUAAUUGUUUUGAGACCGCCAAAGUUCUUCUUGAACACGGAGCCAAUGUGGACGUCAGAGACUCCGAAAAUAAAACAGUUUUACACUACGCUAUUGGAAGCUCUGAUAUUGUCAAGGAAAUCCUCAAAGUAAGCACCAAUUUCUCACAUUUUAAUUACCAUCUUGGUUUUUCAGUAAAUGUUAGGAGAUAGAAGUUUUCGAGAAAGGAGUUCUUGAGAGAUGAUUUUUCCCCUUAAGGUUCAUGGCAACGUUAUAAAUCGCAUCCUAGGCUACAGUAUUCAAAUAGGACUGAAGAAAUUUUAUUAGAGCGGGCACUUUUCUUGCCAUAUUUCUCUAAAAUACACUUUGGAUAAGUAUUUAAAACCAGAUAUUUGCUUCACCAGGAUGUUAAAGCGAGUGCACUCAUCCGAGCCAAGGACCGACUUGGAAACACCCCUCUCCACUAUGCAGCGUGUAAAGGAUGUGUUAAGGUGAGAGACGUGGGUCGUUUUGCUGAGGCUUUUCAUAAUUAGAGAAAUUUUCAACUGAGGUCCCAUCCACUUUGGUCGAAGGGAAUUAGGAGACGCAACUGCAUGCUUAUCAUACCCAUUAAUCCGGAUAGAUUGUCCACCAAAAACGGCAAGUUUUGAAAAGACUGAAAUCACAUCCUGUGUUUAAUCGUUUUGGCGGCAGGUGUGGGCGGAAAAAGUUUUAUCAUUGAAUUUGGGUGGAUUUGAAAUUUUGGUUGUGUUUUCUUCGUGAAAUGGGAGAAUGGGACAGAUUUCUUUUCCCAGCAAUUCACACUAAAUUUUUUGCCUGAUAUUUUAGAAGCUUCAGUUACCCCAUUUAUUACACCCAUUUUGAAAUCACUGGUGGUCCUUGUAAUCUGAUUGGCUCUAACUGGUGCGAUUUAUUCACGAAUCGCACCAUUUUUGGCUCUAAAUCGCAUCUUUUUCCCAGCCAAUAAGGAGGCUACACUAAAAAAAAAACAACGAAUCGGAUUUCAAGGCUUGUUUAAAGUAACCAAUCAAAUUGCAGGAAAGUGAAAGACAAAGAGUAUCAUAUGACAAAUUUUGCAACUUCUGUUUCCAAAACUCUUACUUCCUUUCCCCUCCAAAAAUGGACGAAUUAAUUUCAAACCGGGUCAGCAUCAAUAAAAUAUUUGAACUGACCAAGUCCUGUAUUUGUGCGAUUUCAAAAUGGAUGCAAUAAAGUGGUAAUUGAACCUUGUGUCGUGCAAUUUUGGUCUGAAAUCAUACUUGUGAUUUCAAAUUGAACUCGCGCUGUGCGCUCGUUCGAUUUUGAAAUGAUUCAGCCCAAAUUGCACUCGACUCAUUUCAAUUAUCAUUAUUAAUUCGUUUAAUAGGCUUCGUUCCAUUUUCCAUCUCCGGCCAAUGGCGUACAAAUAUAUUAAAAUGCUUUAGUAACAUUCAUUUAAUGAUAAAAUAGCAAUAGUCUACUUGUGAUGUGACUAGGUCGUCACCUAACACUUUGUAGAGAGGAUAAAAUGACCAAGCGAAAUAAAGAAAUGUCAUUGAUAUUUGUCUUUUUUUCAAAUGCAGGACGCGUCAAUCAUUUUAAUGAAGUACCGAGCGGGAGCUACCAUCACAAAUGGUUCGGGGGAGACGCCGUUGCACAUUGCUGCAAGGUACCAUAGCUUUGUAGAACUUAUUUUCCUUCGAGUAAGCGCAAUCUUCAAUUGAGUGUGGAAAGUAACCCGUGAUUGCAAUUGGACUGCCUUGGUAUUGCUUUAUUUUUAUACGUAAUCGGUCCAGUAAACGCGCGCCAUUUUCUCACCCAGUCACGUUUAAUUCGAAUUUCACAUAUUUCAUGAACGAUUUAUCCUCACCGCACGCAGUGAAAGUGCCACUUUAUCUUCAUAAGUAGAGAUUACAAUGUAACCAUAGUAACUUCUUUUAUCAUCAUAGCGAAAUAACGAAGAUUAACAUUUCAUUUAUUUAUAAACACCACCAAGGUUGAAUUGGAUCUUUUUUUUUUUCGGACGGAAACAUUUUUUUAUGGAACUUACCUUGUCUAUUUGUCGAAAGUCGAGGUAGCUUUCCGGCUGUGUUUCGUACAAAAUUCAAAAUCCAACACCUUUUUGAUUAAAUAUUAAUUCGACGUAAGAAUACGGCAUUAUCCACCAGAACGUGUAAGGAAAAUUGUUACGUAAAUAAGUCCGGAUCUUAAUCAGGCUGCUUUUAUGACGGAAAAUAUAAAGAAACCCGUUCCAGUUAAAGGAUGAUUACGCAAUUAAUAAUAUUACUUUUCUGUCCAAUCUCGCUGAAUGACAGAAACCUUCUACCACGAAAAGAUGGUAUUUUAAAUUGAAAUUAUAAAGGCUUAGAUUUGAAUGAAAGUACAUUUACAGAGUUUUGACUCAGUGCUAAAUCUUCCAAAAAAAAUAACCCAUUCCCUUUUAAGUCCAGCUGUACAGUUCUUUGUUUAAGGGACAUCCGUUAAAAUAAAAAAAAUUUUCAUAUAAUUGUUCCGCGAAAUUUUUUUCAUCUAUCGUCAAGUUCGUAUGAUGACAAGCUUUUCUCUAGAUUCGAGCGCAUCAUUUUCAAACUAUUCCGAUUACGGCCCCAGUUGGCAAACCGUCCGCGAGAAAAGCGUUUCGUUGGCCGUCUUUGGAGCAGUUUUGUCUUUCGUAUUAUCUUCCCUGAGUAUCGCAGGGAGCAUCCUGUUGGUUGCAGUCAUCUUAAGAUUCCCACAGCUUCGUCAUGUCCCAUCCAAUUUACUUCUGAUAUCACUUGGUGCCUCAGACUUACUAAUUGGACUCUUGGCUCAGCCGCUGCAUGGGCUGUGUGCCCUCUCAACAGAAAGUUGUGCAUCCAUCGUGCCUAUCCCUCCAAUUUUUCUUCUCUAUUUCGGUUCCUUUUUGUUUUACUCGUCCUGCCUGAACUUGACCAUGAUGACUGUGGACCGAUACAUCUGCAUCGUGGAAUCCUUACGAUAUCAGACCAUCGUUACAGAAGGCAAAGUUUGUCUCACCAUUUUUAUCAGCUGGUCAAUUAGUGUUGUAUUGCCUGUAACGCAUUUAUUUCGUUCGUUUAUGGUGGUCACAAUUUUUCUCCAGAUAAUCUUUAUAUCCUCUCUAUUGUUUAUCAUAAUUUUCUGUUAUGCAAGGAUUUUUUGCAUAUCUCGACGCCACAAGAGACAAAUUUCGGAUCAGCUACAAGCUGUAACUCAAAGAACCAUAAAGCAGGACUUUAAAAGUGCAAAAACUGUUUUCCUUAUCAUUGGAGCAGUGUCAGUGAGUUAUGUACCACUAAUUAUGAUAAAGCUUUUUUCAGCUGCUGGCAUUACUAGCGAUUAUGUUAAAAUGAUCCAUCCUUUUGCCACAGCUUUUUUCCUUCUUAAUUCCAGUGUUAAUUCAUGGAUAGCAUUUUUCAGAUCGAGAAAACUUCGCAGUUUUCCGAAAAGGUUGUUUAAAUGUGACUCUUAAAAAGCUUGGCGAUAUAAAAGUGCACGUUCUUAUGUGCAGGUGCUUCGAGAAAGCUACGUUUCGAAAGAGACACCGAACACUGAUUGGUAACGAGCGGACGCUUCAGAGAGUACAAAAAUUUAAGUUCUGAGUCAAAAAAAAUUAUUAUUACAACAACAUGCCAAUCACGCAAAUAUGACAGACAAGGAUAAACAUAAAAUUAAAACUCUUCGAAAGGAAAAUGACCUUUUGAAAAGACGACUUGGAGAUUUAAGGGCAGAAUUCAAAUCCAUCAAGAACAAGAUGGUAGAGCAAAAUAAAAGUCAAAGCAAUGUAGCGUCUGUGUCUUUCCGGACGUGAAAGAUGUGCAAUUUGUUAGUGAUAUUUGAGAUGCUUUAGUCCCGUCCAACAUUGUACCAUGGAGAAACGCUUUUCUAGUUUUGCUCGAAGGUUGGAUCAGUUGGGAGCUGGGCAUUAUAAAUAUUACUUGUUACGUUGACUUGUAAGCUCAGUUGGUAGAGCAUUGCACCGGAUUUCAUUGAACAUUUCCCUUUCAGAUUCUGUAUUAAUCUAGAAAUCUAAAUUUUAAAGGCUUUAAUGUGAAUGAAAGUACAUUUACAGAGUUUUAACACAAUGCUUAAUCUUCACAAAAAAUGACCCAUCCCUUCUUAAGUCCAGCAGUGCAGUUUUUUGUUUUAUGAACAAUAAAAAAAUUUUCAUUGAGUGGUACUUCGGGAUUUUUUUUUUCAUCUAUCUUCAAGUUCGUAUGAUGGCAAGCUCUUCUCCAGAUUCGAGCGCAUUAUUUUUAAACUAUUCCGAUUAUGGCCCCAGUUGGCAAACCGUCCGUGAGCAAAGCGUUUCGUUUGCCGUCUUUGGAGCAGUUUUGUCUUUCGUAUUGCCUUCCCCGAGUAUUGUAAGAAGCAUCUUGUUGAUUACAAUUAUCUUAAGAUUACCACAGCUUCACUGACGCAAAGUGUAUCACAGAAUGUAAUACUGACGCAAAAUGCAAUAAUCUUAGCAAAUAUUUGUAAAGUUCGGUUAUAAUGCACGCUGUAAUUGGUUGAAAGAGCUUGUUUCAUCAAUGUACAUUCAUUCAAUUUUCAUCUAUUAAACAGACGCCUUACGCAGUUUGUUUUCUACUUUUUCUGUAAAAUAACUUAGGUGUUUUUAUGUGCAACAAUUCGGCCGGAUUUCACUGAGCAUUUCCCUUUCAGGUUCUGUAUUAAGACUACAAAAAUAUAAGCAAUGGUAGCGAAUUCGACCUGACGAACUAUUUCAGUUUGCGAACUAUUGGUUUUUGAACUUUGAUGAUUGGAAAGUUUUGACAACUUUGGUCUUAUUCAACCGAUCAGUUUAUAGACCCAUAUCUUAGCAUGUUUUACGAGGGUAAAACAAGCUGACGACACUUUUUUUCGCCUCUGAAAUUAUAAUUUUUUAAGAAACUAAAAAAGAAACGUGAGGGGAAUUUGACGGAUUCUCUUUCAUAAGACAAAUAAAGAAGCUUUGAUUGUGCUCUGUUCUGUUGUAAGGCACCUCGGAAGCGGCUAGAGCACCCUAGAAUUGGAAAGAAACAAUCGACUACCUCUCGUGUUUCCCCCUUACACUUCUUUCGUGCUUUAGCUGCUUCUUUGCGUCCUUUUCAGAGCAAAGGCAAGGCCUGUUUACCUAUCAAAUGUAAUACUGACUCAAAUGUAGUAUUGAUCGCAAAAUGUAAUAACAAUCGCUGCAAAGGUAAUAGUCUCGACGCCAAGUUUAAUGCUAAUGCAAAAUAUAAUGAUAUCGCCGCAAAAUGUAGUAAACUCUAAGCAUUCAUCGUAUCGUAAAAUGUAAUAACUAAGUUGAAAUGCGUAUAAUAAUGGGUAUUUCAUGGCUUGUUGAGCAGUCUCAUGAUUGAUCAGGCUUAGUCCGCUAAUCAAUCAUUUUUCCCAUACUUUAUUACAACUGAGCAUGAAUCAGUAAAGGUUAGUGAAUAGAUUACUUUUCAACGCAAGAUGUAAUAACUUUUCUAACCAGUGAGCAGCACUCUAUGAAGCGUAGCUUUGAAACAGAUUUAGUAAUAAAUCUGUGGCCUCCAAAUACAUUAUCUACUCGUACCUAUAACGUCCGAAAAAAUAUCAUGCAAGUUUAUUAUCUUGUCAAAGUACACCUUAAAAAAUUAUUUACCACGUGCAUCAUACUAUGCGUAAAGGUUAAAAAUAGAUACAUUAUUUACGAUUGGUCUAUCGACAACUUAUUUGCCCUAUCUGUUAAAACUUCCUGAUGAAUUCUGCCAUUGUCAGACAAAACGGGCAGAAACUGAAAACAAGUCAAUAUUAUUUUUGUUCGCGCAGUGCUGCUCAGUAGUUGAUCAACAAAAACGGUUCUCGUGAAUAAAGUAGCUUAAAGUAAACUGAUAGAAGAAUUUCAAAGGCAAAGGCAAAACCUACAGCAAAUCCUAAUUUCGUUUUAAAACCUUUUGAAUGAAUUGUGUAAGUGUAAGGAGUGAAUUUUCUUCAAUCCUAACAUUUUUUAAGCUUCUACAGUGUUAACUGGACAUUAAUUAACACUUUCCCUCAAAACACGCUGUUACUUACAUGCCCACACCUUUGUUUGAUUGUACUCAUUCGAAAAAAAAAACAGCAAAAAAGCAAAAAGUAAGGAAAGUACUAAGCUCAUCACCAUGGGAACAGCGAGGGGUAAGGCGCGUAAAAAAAGCAGUCUGGGAAAUGAAAAAAUACAGUCGAACCUGUACUAAGCCACACCGUAUUAAGCGGUCUGUAAUCAAGGUCCCGAACUUUUCCCUUCAAAAAAGUUUGCCGUAGCCCUCUAAUCUAGUCCUUUUUGACUCUACUUACCGCCCUGUAUCACAUUUUGUGCUAGUACAUCAUACGUUAGUAGCAGAAUUACGUUCUUCAUAAUUACAUUAAGCGUUAGAAAAAAAAUUUACAAUAUUUUGUGUUUAAAAGUUAUCACAUUUCUUUGGUAUCGAAUGGUUUAUUACGUUUCUCUUCAAUAUCUUUACUUUUUUAAAAUUCAUGAGAAAACACGAGAAAAGUCUGAAAAUCACCUGCCGAAGGCGAGCCAUUCACAAACUUUUCUUGUGUUCAUCCCAAGUGGGUUAUUACGCGAAUAAACCGAUGGAAAGUGCGGUCUAUUUUCUUCAUGACGUAAACUUCAAUUUCUGUGGGAUCACCGAGCGAUAAGCGAUAGGUUUUUGACCAAUCAGGGCAGAUGUACCUCUGUUAUUUAUAAUAAUAUAAAUUUUACUGAUGUUUGUAUGACAAGCAGAAUGUUACAUGUUCGCAAGUGGAUGUGGAUUUACCUUUUAUGUUGACAUAAUAUCGCUCGCGAAUAAGCCAAGUAAACGACUUCAUUUAUUAUGCACCUGUGCUGUUUACUUUGUUACCUAUGUCCCAAAUUCAAUUUUUCAAGUUUUCUUUACCUAACUUUAAACAUCAUAGUAAAUAAUCAUCAUUUUUCUAACAAGUUGGUCAAUUAUAACUUAUUUUUUGAUAUACUAUAAGCGCCCUAAUCGGUCAAAAACUCAGUAUCGUUUGGUCUGAAUCAGUGGUGCAAACAGAACAGGCUGUUCUUAACAAGGAAAACGCCUUUUUCGCCUUGACGCUUGCUUAACUCGCAAUGCAGAAAAUAAAUACUGAAGAAUUUAGAACCCCCUGAAACUCCGAGAAAACUGCCUGAAAAAAAAUCCAUGUUGAACGAGAAAAUCAACGAAUUUCGCUGAAUUAGACAGUUCGUGUGCAAGUCACAUUAGAGACAAAAAUUGUGUUUGUGAGCACGUAACAAAAUUGAAGUGAUGAUCAUGAAUCACGUUUGAAUGAAAGUUUAAUUCACUUAUCAGAAAUUUAAAAAACCUUAACAUUUAAAAACGUGAGAGUUCACGAAAAGAGAGGGGAUUCUUUGGUUUUAUCAAACCUCGAAGAUGAAAUUCGUGUUCACGCGCAGCCAUGAAAUAUCCUCUACAAAAUUUUAAUUAAUAGUACAGCCUAGACUAUUAAAAAUUCACUUUUAAGUACUGACUGUCUUUAUGAACAACUACCGUUCCGCCAUUUUGAAUCCUGUAACGCAGUUCUUUGUCUUGUUCAGACAAAGAUGUUGCUAUAGUGGGAACUCUACAUAUGUGCAACACUUAUAACGCGUUUCUUUCAAGCGAGGUAGACAUUACAUAAACUGAUCACACAGGGCGAAAGGUUGCUGUACAGGUUGCUCUAUCGUCGAGGCAGAAUCAUGGAAAACAUCUCUCAGGCCAAUGACACAUUGACAUCAAUUGCCCCCUAUCUUUACAAAGGCCCCAGCUGGCAAAACGUCCGUAAGUACAGCGUUCCUCUCGCCCACUUUGGAGCAGUUUUUACUUUAGUUCUGCCUUUCUUGAGUAUUUCUGGAAGCAUCCUAUUAAUGGCAGUCAUCUUAAGAUUUCCGCAGCUUCGUCAUAUUCCAUCCAAUCUACUUCUGAUGUCUCUCAGUGCAUCAGAUCUACUGAUUGGACUCUUGGCUCAGCCACUACAUGGGCUGUGUGCUCUCUCGAAAGAACGUUGUGCAUCCAUCGUGCCCAUCCCUCCAAUCUGUCUUCUCUAUAUCGGUUCCUUUUUGUUUCAAUCGUCCUGCCUGAACUUAACCAUGAUGACUGUGGACCGAUACAUCUGCAUCGUGGAAUCCUUACGAUAUCAGGCCAUCGUUACAGAAACAAGAGUUAACGUGGCUAUAAUUAUCACCUGGUCGAUAAGUGCCGUAAUUCCCUUAUUACGUUUUAACCUGUCGUUAAUAAUUAUCUCCAAGAUCCUAAUGAUCAUCUUUCUAGCCUCUGUUUUGCUUAUCAUAAUUUUCUGUUAUACAAGGAUUUUCUGCAUAUCUCGACGCCACAAAAGACAAAUUACACGUCAGCUACAAGCUGUAACUCUAGGACGCGCUCAACAAGAAUUCAAAAGCGCAAAUACUAUGUUCCUAGUGAUCGGAGCUGUGUUAGUGAGUUAUGUACCAUUAAUGAUGAUAAAUAUUUUAUUAACUGCUGGUAUUUUUAACUAUGUCGUUAAAAUAGUUCAUCCUUUUGCCGCAACUUUUGUAGUUCUCAAUUCCAGUAUAAACCCAUGGAUAAUUAUCUAUAGGUCGCGUAAACUUCACAGAUUUUUGAAGAAACUUUUCAAAAGGCAUCCUUAGAAAGUUCUGCAAGUGACAUACUUGAAAAGUUCUGCGAGCGACAUUUGUAUAUCCCCAUAUAAUAUCCAAAACGUGUUGAGACCUCAACGCAGUUGUUGAAGAAUUAACGAAUUUGCUUGUUUAGACAAGAAUCACGUUCUUUCUUUUGUUGUAGGAGACUAUCAUUGUUCUGAUCUAAAUCAUUUCUCUCUCUAAUUAUCGGGUUGUUUACGUCAGAAGCGAAUAAGAAGUGAUUUAAGGUUGGGGUAAAUUGUUUCCUUUCAAGUUAGAAAGGCCUUUUGAAUGAUACAAACCAUAUAAUUCAUAUAUCCAAGCUAUACGUUCCCAAAGUAACAAUACCUGCUGAAUUGGUUUACUCCGAUGUAAUCCCUAAGAUUUGCCAUAAUGAACGAGAUCACAAACCCUAAAAAGGAUAGGAAAAAUUACCAAAUUAUAUCUCCCAUUAAAUUGUUACCUUGAAUCUUGGCAGCAGUUUUUAUGACUAAACUUGUUCGCAAAAAAAAAAAAAGAAAAGAAAAACACAUGAAAUCAUUAUAAUAUCAAUAAUGAUUCACAGAAUAAGGAACCAAAGUUUAAGUUUAUUUUUAUCAAUACACCGAAAAAACGGUCAGAAUGAAGCUUUUAACAAUGAUUAUGUCUCUACGGAUGUUAAUAGUACGUACUCGCUAAUCGCUUGCGAGCUGACCAAUCAUGCAGUGCGUGCGCAAUGCACUGUUCACCUGUUUGUUAUACAGCUGCAUAUUAAUACUUGAUACCGUAAAAGCUUUUAUAAAUAUCUCGAAAACCCUCUUCGUCUCUCUAGUUUACUGAUAAAAUAUAUUUUCAAGGAAAUAGAGAGCAAAACACGACGUGCGGCCAAAAGAAGCCUGGUUCACUUGUAAUACACUCUCAACCUAAACUUUAUACAGACCUCAAUACUUCCUCAAAAUCCCUAAAAAUAAUAAUCCCUAAGGUAUACCAUACCACAAAGAAAAACGGUUCUUGUGAAUAAAGUAGCUUAAAGUAAACUGAUUGAAGAAUUUCAAAGGCAAAGGCAAAACCUAUAGCAAAUCCUAAUUCCGUUUUAAAACUUUUUGAAUGAAUUGUGUAAGUGUAAGGAGAGAAUUUUCUCUAAUCCUAACAUUUUUUAAGCCUCUUCAGUGUUAACUGGACAUUCAUUAACACUUUCCCUCAAAACACGCUGUUACUUACAUGCCCACACCUUUGUUUGAUUGUAAAGCGCGUAAAAAAGCAGUCUGGGAAAUGAAAAAAUACAGUCGAACCUGUACUAAGCGGCACCGUAUUAAGCGGUCAGUAGUCAAAGUCCCGAAUUUGUUUUCCUUUUAUCACCGUAAUUUUCGCCUCUAUAAAGCGGUCACCUCUAUUGGGCAGUCGCGGUCGCCCUUGCCUGUUAUUAUUGUCCUCCACCUGUAUUGAACGGUCACCGAAAGCUGAACCAACCACUCCAAUAAGCAUAAACAAAGAAUAAUCUUUUAAGUAAUUUUUAAUCCCAGCUUCUCUCUCAAAAUCAAAGUAUUACUAAGUAGUAUUUUCGAGCUAGACUCUGUACAUGAUAAUCAUGGCAUAAAGUGCCGUUAUUUAUCGUUUUUCAUAAUACCCCUAAUCUAUGAAACAUGUAUUUAACCUCUAACCUGUAUUUAGCGGUCACUCCGCCAUUCCCCUUGGGUGCUUUCUUAAUACAGGUAUUUCUGUGAAACAAUAAACUGAAUAACUGACGUUCUAUCCUGGUAGUAAUCAAAAUGAUCUAAUUCACCUUUUGGGCUUUAGAUUUCAAGUGUAGUGUCACGUGACUUUUGAUGUAAACAAACCCCGAAAGUUCGGACAUUGAGUCGAGCUCGCAGCAUAUGUCUUCAAACUUCGGCUUGGGCGAUUUUUCUUAAUUAACUUCCCACUUUCAAAAAAGUUUCUUCGCUCAAAAUUAACAUCUUUCUUUUAUCGUUUAUCUGAUCGUUUGUCAAGCAAGUUGUCUUUUCGCUGCCGUUGAAGCAGAUGCGAAGAAUGUUACAGGAAGGGUUGCGGCAUAGAAUAAUCGAACUAGUUCUGCGAACAAUGAUAUAUCUGAUCAGGUAUUUUCAGGGUGUUUAGUACGUAGAUUAAUAAGGCUCCAAAUCAGGAGGCAACCCAAUCAACUUUGGAUUGUGUCGCAAAUUUAGGUACGACUGUGUUUUCCUAACCAAAUAACUGAUGCUCUCUUCGUUGGUUAUCAACAUAACUAAAAAUGGAAUUUCAAAGGGCUCAAAAUCUGCUUGGAGUAGUUAGAGAGUUUUUUGUAUUAUAUAUGUAGGUACGGCUGCACAUCUGUUGCUAAGAAGCUGAUGGAAGGACGUGGAAAGCGGACGGUUAAUGGUAAUGACGUUUAUGAGAGAACGCCACUCCAUCUGGCAGCACAACAAGGCCAUGACGAACUGGUUGAGUUCUUCCUCAAAAGGGGGGCAAAAAUUGACAGGUAAAAGAACAGAGUACGCCAUUACGCAACUAUCUUGGCGGCAUAAAGUCAAAUUUUCGAAACACUUGAAGCGUCAUCAUUUUUUAUUUCGAGGGAAUAGCUUUAAAUUAAUGGCUCCAAUCAAUUGACGGCAUUUCUUCGUAUUUUCAUAUAGUUCACUCAGCUAAAUUGUAAUUACAACUUUGACUCAUAAAAAGGGUAGAACUCUUUCUAACAUUGACUUUUUUGUUUCAGUGACGUACAUGGUCAAACACCCUUACACUAUGCGGCUCUGCAAGGAUCGAAAAGAUCAGCUGAACUCAUCUUAGCGAGUAAGCCUGAGAGUCUGAAUGUUACCGACAAAAACCAGGUAUGUUCUUAAGGUGUACGUUUGGAUAGUGAGCGUAGUUAGAGGAGGGGUGGAACAAUUAUCUCUACACUGCCAUGAUUAAGGAGUUACUUCAUCACUUUGAUUUCAACGAAAAUCAGGUUGCUAUCGCUUAAAUUAAGUGUAUGAACUAAGGGAACCAUUCCUUCUUGUCCAGAACACAGCGCUCCACAUGGCAGCCAAAGGUGGCCACGCAGAAAUCCUGAAAUAUCUGCUUUCCAAAUCAGAACAACUUGUGUCAGUGAAUGAGAGAAACCAAAAUAUCUUGGAUAUUGCCAUUGAAGCCAGGCAAGAAGCCGUUGCCAUGGGAAUUGUUGAACAUAGAAGGUAAGGUUUGUAAAGGAGUCUUAAGGAAGGAUUGCAAAUCAAAAAGUGAUGAGAAAAUUGAUUUGACAGCAACGGUUUCCCUUUAUUUACAUAUACCCUGCAUUUUAAUUCUCUACUUCGAAAUAUUCGCGAGAAUUGAUAAGAAAGCUGGCAAACCUGAAUUGCCCAAGGGGCUGGAGAAAGUUUUUUUAAUCAACCUCGAUGAGCAUCGAUAUCUGUGUAAAUGACAUGUUUGAUUUGUUCGGAGGCGAGUUAGUAAACUAUAUUAGGCAUAUGAAUUUGAAACUUCAUUUAAGUCUCCUGAGAUUAUAUGACUUUGAAUAAAAAUGAACGAAACGAAUUUUCUUUCUUGUGUUGGACUCAAGUAUUUUGGCUUUUCCUUCUUUGAGAGGCCUGAUUGGUCUUGGCGAAGGGGUUUAUUUGACCUGAAAGUUUUCCAACAAGGACCUCAUUUUCGUGUUCUUUUUUUAGGUGGAAAGAAGUGCUUAGAAGUACAACACACGGUUCACAUACUCAGAUACAGCUUCUAGUUCAACACAUGCCUGAGGUGGCAAAGGUACUCACUCCUUUUUCCUUUUAAAAUUUCUUUACUGUGAUAUUACAAUCCUUUCCAAUGUCCUAAUCUUAGCCAAAAAGGAGUCCCCCAGUUUUGUGAAUCUUUCUACGUUUUCCCUCUUACAAAUCUUAAAUUUUGCAGUCUCCUGCCAAAUGAAAAGAGUUUUUGAUGGCAACAAAAAUAACCCUUUAUCUAACCGAUUGGUAUGGCACACAGAUGUGGCAUAUUUUGCAUGACUUGCAUUUUGUGUUUCAAAAUUUAUUUGACUAUGCAACAAACAGGACCUAAAUCAAAGCUUUUAACUGGAGAUAAGAAAAGAACGGAGAGAGUAUUUCUGAAAAUCAAAGUAAGAGAUUGUUUUUAGUUUCCAAUACAUAUCUUGAAAAUUGCCUUUGCCAUCUUUAUUAAGGAUGAUAUCAACACCAUAAGGUUUGGUUUUCCAGACCAAUAACUGUGUGUUCAUAGCAUGAGUCUUGAUUUAUUGGUAUUUCUAUGCAGAAAUUUCUCGAUCGCUGUAUUGUGGAGGAGGGCGAUCCAGAGGACGAAAAUUAUAAGGUAAAAGACAGAUUUUUUGCGUAAUUCUUGGCUAUUUAAGUCUUUAAAAGCCCUUAAAAUAGUGAAAUGAUUUUUAGAUCAGAGCAAUUUUCCACGGCGUAUCGAUCGAUCGGGUCCGCUUUCAAACUUCGUUCAGGGAUUGUUUUAUAAAAAAACUCGCUUCGCCCCUGAGCUCUCGACCAAUUGGAAGGAAAAUUGAAACUAACCGCGACUUCUUCGCUCGUGGUUUCUCACUCGCUUGUUUUUGAUUCAAGUUCUCUUUAGGACCCUGUGAUAUUUACCCCUGUUCUCGAUAAUCUCUUUUUUCCGAGGGUCUUAUUCGGGUACACCGAUAGCUGUAAAACGGCCAAAACUUUAACCGAUAGGCGUAAAAAUUGACAAUUUUAAACCGUUAUUCGUAAAAAAAAUUAACCGUAAAAAAAAUUUUCUGGUGAUAACAUUGGAAUGAUGUUGACCUUUAGUCGUAAAAUGGCCAAAAUUUUAACCGUGAGCCGGAAAAGCCAUCCCCCCAUUGAGACCCAAUUUUGGCUUAUGUUUUUUUAAACUUUCAAUCAAAAUGCGCUCUAAUGUUACAUGCAAUGCUUGUUUUUCAAUUAAAAAUACAAUAUUACUUCAAUCCAUUGUCUGUUUUAAACUCUCAUUGUUUAUUAGGUCUCGUACGAUCUUCGGUUUAUUCAAGGAAUGCCCGAUGAAAAAAGAAAAGAAAAGAACGCUAAGGAAUCUCUUAGUGCUCUCCAUGUAAGUAUCAUCAUUUAUCAUCAUGUCUGAACACAGUCUGGUUAUAUCCUUCCCAUGAAAAAUUGGCCCGCGGAAAAUUCCACUCUGUCUCUAAGAUGGGAUGGGUGGUUUUGUUUAAGUCCUUCCAUAGCUCUGUAAAGAUAUGCUACAGGGCUUCUUUUUGAACUCAGACGUUUUGGGAAGAAGGAAAUGUUUAUUUGCUUUGGGUUUUGAUCGAAAUACUUCGAGACGACUCAAAUACGUGCUAAAUCUCUCUUUUCCUUCUUCAGACGAUGGUAAAAUAUCAACGACUCCAGUGUCUCACACAUACUCUAUGUUCAGUGCUUAUGGACAUCAAAUGGUAAUGACUCGUUAAUUAAGAAUUGAACGAAUUCGUAUAUUUCAUCUCAGUCUAUAUUACUCAGUCUAUUAAUCUAACUUAAAAUGCCACCACAACACAGUGCAUUAAUAGCAUACUUUUUCGGUUGUGCCUUUUCAACAGAAUAAGUGGAACUUUUCACCUAAGUUUCGCAGUGUCUACUCCACAAUGAAUGCCUCUCGUUAGUAUUAAAAAUUGUUGUAUUUUACUACCACAGGCGAAAAUUUGGCUUGGUCUGCGCAUUACUGAACCAGAUUGUUUACAUUUUGUUUGUGUUGCUGUUGAUGAUAAUGAUGAAAAAACAAGUUGAUGCAAAACAUACAUCGGUAAUUAUUUUGAAGUUAUAUUUGUUUAUCUCAAUGAUCGGCGGGAAAUAAACUUCGGCUGGUCAUUGUAAAUUCAUAUAAUCUAGAAAGUGGAAAUUGACUAUUGCACAAUUCUAAACGAUUGUUGAAACCUGCAAAAGUGGGGCGAACUCGGUUUACACAAGGGGCGAACUCACAAAGGUGGUCGGAGGCGAACUUGCAAACCUCCAGUUACCCAAUGAGGUAGGAAGUGCUUUGUCUCGUUUAUGUGGUUGUGGUGGGUGGAACAAGCGAUAUCAUAUAAUAGUGAAAGAAGCUUUUUGAAGACUUCCAGCGGACCGUUCUUUACAGUUAACCUGGAGCGAAAAUCUUAACGGAGCUCAGCUUUCAGGCAUAGCCAUAGAGGGUCCACACAGUGGUCAACAGGGCUUUCGUAAACCCUAGUUAUAUCUUCUUUUUCUUCCCUUAAAAUCAAAUCAUUUAAAGGUAAAAGUCAAACAGUGACAUCUUUAGCUCUAGGGUGACUUGUAUUUGUGAUUAAUAUUAUCUUUACAACAUUCAUUUCAUUAACAGGGAACCGACCCUUUGAUAGCGCUGUGUUUUAAAGACAGCUGGAUUCAUGCCAGUGUGUCAGUGUUCCUCAUAAUAGCGUGUGGAUACAAUUUGGCUAAAGAACUUUUUCAGAUGUUUGAUGAAGUAAGUUAUUUUACUUUGAAACUAUCGACGUCACCAGAUUAAAACGCACACACCAACUACGAAAAAGCUACGAACGAUCUCAAAUCCCCCCUAAAAUAUUUCUCAAUGCCCCCCUUCCGUUCUUUAAUAAAAUGAGAACGUCAGAGAUCAAUCGUCCACAAUCUUUUUUUCCUCAUAAGGGUGUAAAGUAUUUGUUUACGCUUAACAACUGGCUUGAGGUGACCCUGUAUGUCCUGACGUUGGUCACGCUUGUCAGACCGCGUUCCGAGGAUAUUUCUGAAAUGGGAAUCUGUGUUUUUCUGGUGUGGAUUGUCUUACUGCAGUAUAUUAGCAAGUAAGAUAUUUUUCUAUAAUUUCUUAAAUAGACUGAACGUCUCUUAGUUAAUGAUGAUACUUUUGAGUUAAUAUCGGAAAAUCAAAUCUAGUCAAAUCUCUCAGUCAGAUCAAAGCUUCAAGGCAAAAGGAAGCCAUUGAAAACGAAAAAAGAAGUCGCGAUCAUGUGACCGGCUUCAAAAGCAAAAAAAAAAAACGCAAAUGAACAGGACGCUAUUGGUUUAGUUCCGCAUCUGAUUGACUGAGAGAGUGGCUCGAGUUUUCUGAACCGUUCAGAGAGAGGGGUAAAGCAAAAUCACUGCAAUCCCAAAUCAUUUUUGACGUUCUUUUUCAAAUUUAAAUUGUACAAAGCAAAACUCGAGUUUUCUGAACCGUUCAGAGAGAGGGGUAAAGCAAAAUCAUUGCAAUCCCAAAUCACUUUUGACGUUCUUUUUCAAAUUUAAAUUGUACAAAGCAAAACACGUGUCGUCAAAGAAAAAAUAUCCUUUGUUUCAGGCGAUUACGUUUCUUUUCCUUAUCAUGAGAUUUUGCCUUUUUGUAUUUCGUUGCCUAAACAGUAGGUUGUAUUUCCAAAGAGGCUCCUGUUGUUUUUUAUCUUACGCGACCACUGUACGUCUCUGUUUCAGAUUCAAUUACGUUGGAUUGUAUAUCGUAAUGAUCACGAAGACAAUCAAAACAGUUUCCAAAGUGAGUCUUCAUAAUGAUAACGAUGAUAAUAAUAAUAAUAGUAAUGAUAAUGGGAAUUAAGGAGUGGACAUUCCACGAAGCGGUUCCUCUCGUCCGCUGUUUCCACGUUGGUUUUUGGGGGAAAGAGAAAGAGGGGCGGGGUCUUUAUUAAAAUGGUUAUCGACUAAGUAAGGUUGGGACCGGGAAAAUGUUGGUCAAAAUUAAUGUUUUCCCGUCCUUGCUUACUGAAACGUUUACUUGCUUUUCUUGUAGGUUAUGGUUAUUCUUCUUAUUCUUCUGGCUGCGUUUGCAUUUUCUCUCUACGUCGUGGUUCCAAAAGACGUGGUCAGUUAAGUAAACGAUAAGGAAGAAUCUUAAUUCCCUAAAAUUAACGAUAAGAAAUGGUUGGGCGGUUAAAACUUUACCUGUAUUCCACCCCUAGCUGGUUAAGCCGACCAUUCUUGUAACUACGCCCGAGCGCAGUUAAGUUAAUGACUUAUAAUGUAUUUGAACAAAGGAUAACGUUAUUAUCCUCAUUAUAAUCUCUGAUAACAUGAUAGUUUGAUCCCUGUAAAUUAUGAACGCCUACUUACGAGCAGGCCUUCAUUAUUAGUAGAAUAAUUAGGUUUCAUCAACUGAGUUGAUAACGAAGAUUGGCCACAGUAAAGAGUUUCCAAAAGCUGACGUUCUGAGCGUCAGGGCGAAUGCAUCCCUGACAAAGGGCUAACGCUCAAAACGUUAGCUUUCGAAACUCUUUACUGUGGCCAAUUUACAUUAUCAACUCAGGUGAUAAAAUCAAAUUAUCUUCUAAUACUCCCCACCGACACAUUACCACAGUUUCCUUGGAAACGUACCCCUAUCCUCAUUAUUAACACUGAGGGAUGCAUCCUUAUUCACUUUUUUAAAUGUUCACUUUUGUUUCUGGUUCUUUUUUAGAGCGACGCAGGAAAUCGUCGCUUUCACAACAUUUCUUCCUCAUUCGCUGCUACAUUCUUCAUGAUGCUGGACAAUUUGCAAUAUGACAACAUCCUUCUGAAUUACGAUAGCGAGGACAGCGGUGUAGGCAAUGGCUUGGUGCUGUAUGUGUUGUAUAUUGCAUACUGCUUCAUGAUGCCGAUAAUAUUCCUGAACUUACUGGUGAGUGGUGAAAGAUAUUUCCUUGUUGGUAUUGUGCUAUGUGAGUAUGACUAACUCCGAUUAACUGUUGCGAGGAACAGGUCCCUGACUAAUUUUGAAUACGGCGGCAUGUCUUUAUUUUUGCCAUAAAACAAGCUAUAAGCAAAUGACUGAUGAUACAAUAAAUCGUGACAUUAAAAAGAAAUUUUCAAUCUAAUAUCAGAUCGGGUAAUUUGGUAUCAUCAACUGAGCUGAUGACGUAAAUUGGCCUCCGUAAAAGAGUUUCUUUGUCAGAGUCAUUCACUCUGAUCAAUGCUAACAAUCGAAACUUUAGCUUUGAAACUCUUUAUGAUGGCCAAUUUUCGUUAUCAACUCAGUUGAUGAUACCAGAUUACCCUGCUGUACUCUCCCACCGACGUAGCCUGACCACAGUUCUCUAAAAAAUCACCCCCUUCUUGAUUUCAGAUCGGUUUGGCUGUUGGAGAUAUUGACACUAUUCGAAAGACAGCUGCACUGGAGAGAUACACGAGUCAGGUCUGUCGGAUUCAGAGGAUUUGCUAUCACUUUUGUGAAGAACCAGUCGUUAUUUCAUACAAUAUCAUGAAGAAAAUAUGAUUCCUGCAAUUGAAUUCCUACCGAAAUUGAUUCAGCUGAAUUACAAGUGACUCUCAGGACAUUCCGUGGUAUACAUUUAAUAUUCGAAACAUUUGGUUGACAAGUACAUGCGUAUGCUUAUAACAAUAUCGUUUUCUUUCUGUACUGAUAUUUAGGUGGAGCACCUGUCUCAACUAGAGCGCGCCAUACCAACCUUCAUCCUCAAUAGUGUCCUGGUCACUGAAUAUGUAGAAUAUCCCAACAAACCAAAGAAUUUCAAGACCAAGGUUUGACCGCGCGUAUUAAUGUGUAUUCUGUUCAUCUUUCAGUAGACACGAGUUAUUAAAGUUAAAAUUCUUGUUCAUCUCAAACCUUUAAUCCAUAACAGUGAUGAGCAUCUCAUUUCUCCUUACGAUAUCACCUCUGAGUCAAACAUUAAGGUCAUCAGAAUAAGAGAAAUGAUCACCAACGAAAGAAGCUCUUGAUUGUUUGAAAAAUUCUCCUUGCUGAUACCAAAGAAAAUGUGCAGCUAAAAGUGUGGAGAAUAUGUAUACUGAUGUUAGGAUGUUAAUAGCUUAUAGUUAAUUCUCUAGUUUUCCUCUUUUGGACUUUCAGAUUGUGGACAUACUCGUAAAACUUUUGUCUCCUCGCCAAGAGAACGAUGAGAAACAAGAAAUUGCGGAAGAUCUCAGAGAAACUAUUGAACGACAUGAUGAACAGUAAGUUGGCUUAUGAAAACUCUUACACAUCGGAAGAACUCAUAUUAAGACAGACGACCGUUGUGUGAAAUUCUGCCUAAAAAGCGAUUGCAUGCACCCGAAGUCAUGAAGUUACCUUUGCACUCCUUAUAUGUUUUGCUAGGUUGAGAGAAAUAACUUCAUCUAUAAAGAAGCAAAGCGCAUUACUUGAAGAACUUCGGGACAUCUUCAUGGAUAAAAAGCGAAGACCUAAGCGGGAAGAGCCAGCAGAACAGUAUCCAGACGGAACUGAAUUUUACGUCUAAUUGCUUACUACGUGGAUCCGGGGUAUGAUUGAGUGCAAUAUAACCGCUGCUACAUGGCAUGGCGGACAGGUAGCCUAUUUGCGAGACCUCUUCCCGACGCCAUUUUUUUUCCACUGUAAGGUAUCUGUUGGGAAGUAGGUGCAUUACUCAAGGUGGCAGGCACACCGUUACAGCAGUAAACGCAACAUAUGACAACAAAAUAAACGAUGGCCGCUUCUGAAAAGCCUACGAUGAACACUCACAGAGGUUUCGAGAAGACUUUCUUUGUGAGCUUUAUGGCUCAAUUAAAACUGCAAAGUUCUCGAACAGGCUGAAAGACUAAGCUAAUUAGCGAAAGAUCAUUAGCUUAAACUUAAAAGAAAGCUCGACAACUUCAAGGGAAAUUAAACACGACAAUAGAAUAUAUCUUCACGGGAUAGUUCGUGGGAUGAGUCAUAAUCAGUUGAGUACUAAAACCAGGGAAAAUGAUCUUCGUCCUUCGGAGUUUUACGUUCCAUGCGUCAAUUUUCAAAUUAGAGAGAUAGAUAAUUAUAUAACCGUAAGAAAGGCUCAUUACUAUAUUGUACAAAAGAGGGGCUUGCAACGGCACUUUUUUACUUCAAAAUGACGACGAGCAAUUUUUAUUUACGAUGAAAUCGUCUUCACCAACUUCAAACGAGGAGGGUGACAAUUUACAUUUAUCAAUUACCUAAUUUGUUAGUAAAGUUUGAUAUUUGAAAACAUAUAGGUUUUUGGCAGGACCAUAUCAAUUAUUAACAAUGUUUUUCAAAUGAAUUACCCUAUCGAGAAGGUAAGGAAAGACAGUUUAAAUGUUUUAGAGGACCAAACCCAGGUUUUCAAUGACUCUCCCUGUCGUGAGGGCAAGGAAGGACAAUUUAUAUUUUUUGGAAACGAAACGAUUUUAUUAUUUUCCAAUUUGCUUUCGCAGUUACUGAGCGCUUUGUCUACUGCAUUUUAGCUGUCUCUUGUUUUAUCACGUUCCCGUGCUGACACUACAGUUGUCAAUGAGAAACUGAGAUUAGAAAACAAUACGUUUUUGUGUUUGAAAAUAUGUAAUUUAGUUAAGCUUUUCAAAAGAGCACUUUGUUUUAGUUAAUAGGAUUAAACUCUAAUGAGAAAACAAAAAAUCAAGCAGACAGACCGUCGU